AUGUCAAACUCAUUAUCACUGUGUUGAGACUUCUCUCGGCUGAACAGACACGCUUGUGUUAUGCUUCACAAAUAGAGAUAUACAGUUUUUAACUAUGUCUGUCUCACAUACAGUAUGAAUGUAUGAGGAGGGGCUCGUUUCCGCGUGAAGGGGCGAUGUAGGUUAGCUAAAAGGGAAAUGACUUCAAACUGAGGAAGUUUCACAAUAUCGCAAAGGCCUUAGAGUAUGCGGGCCAGAUGUGUUCGCUCUUACUCUCAGAGUUAAUGUCAUAGUGUUUUACCUGGGUUCUGGAUCGGGUCAGUAUGAGCAGCGCUGUGACGGCAGACACCUUCAUCAGAAAGCUGAGUCAGUCCACCCUGAGGAAGCUCUCAGACUUUCUGGACCCGCAGGACGCGUGGAAAACUGUUCUGGUGGACAUCCAGAAACCCACAGGGGAGCCGAGGUACUCUCAGUUCCACCUCAGGAGAUUUGAAAGAUUGGUGGCCCAAGGUAAAAGUCCGACAGUAGAGCUGUUGUAUGACUGGGGGACCACAAACAGCACAGUGGGAGAACUGGUUGAAAUUCUUGUCAGACACAAGUUAUUAGCUCCUGCUAGAGUCCUUCUGCCAGAUGUAGCUGCACCACCUGCUGCCACAAACAGCAGAAGAGAAGCAAAAGAGGAUCCUCCUACUCUUUACCAAGAAGAGACUCAACUUUGUGCGGGGAUACUGACUAAAUCACCAGCAGUAGAAGAAACACCUUACAUACCACCUGACAGCACCACAGAACCAGAGGAAAAUCAGGAACCUAACGAUGAAGGAUUCUAUACUUUCACAUAUGAAGAGCUGACGCAGAUCACAGGGAGCUGGGAUGACAGGCCAGUUUCAGACGGGGGCAGGAAGCUGGGGGAGGGUGGGUUCGGAACUGUGUUCAAAGGCCUCCUCUACAGCACAGCUGUAGCAGUAAAGAAACUCAAUUUGGAAGAUGACUUGUCUCCAGAAGAACUGAAGACUCAGUUCAAACAAGAGAUACAGACACUGAAGAGCUUGAAACAUGUGAAUCUAGUGAAUAUGGUUGGUUACUCCAGUGAUGGCCAGCACCCAUGUUUAGUCUAUGCUUAUAUGUCUAAUGGUUCGUUAUUGGAUCGUCUAGCAUGUUUGGCAGGAAGCUCUCCUCUCUCUUGGCGAGUGAGGUGUGCAAUAGCACUGGGAACAGCCAGAGGACUGGAGUACCUUCACCAACACAACCACAUCCAUCGAGAUGUAAAAAGUGGAAAUAUUUUAUUGGAUGAAUCAUUCGUCCCGAAGAUUUCAGAUUUUGGGUUAACCCGUGCCUCGGCUAAGCGCUCAUGCACAACGGUGAUAACAGAGAGAAUUGUGGGUACGACGGCCUACAUGGCACCAGAGGCACUGCGAGGAGAGAUCACCCCCAAAUCAGAUGUGUUCAGCUUUGGAGUGGUGCUGCUGGAAAUAGUGUCUGGACUUCCUCCAGUUGAGGAAAACCGGGACCCAAAGCUUCUGUUGGAGAUGAAGGAUGAGAUAGAGGAUGAGGAGAUUACACUGGAGGAGUUUGUAGAUAAGAGAAUGGAAGACUGGGAUAUGGAGUCUGUGGAGAAGAUGUUUACUGUGGCUAGCCAGUGUCUGAAAGAAGGGAAGAACAGGAGGCCUCAGCUGAAGGAGGUGGCUGCUGAGCUGGAGGAUCUUACUCACUUAAAGCAGAACUGAGACUGAAAACACCUCUCAUAUUAUGUUAGAUGUAAAAUUCUUGAUUUUAGGUUUAAUUUUUUUUGAAAAAUGUAAAUAUUUGUAUGUAUGUUAGAACAGAGCUUUUAUAAUACUAAUUCUCAGCAGGCUUAUUAAAGAAU